CUGAAAUCACAUCUUCUCAUUCUCAAGAAAGAGCAUUUAACUGUGAACUGCGAUAACUGGAGAAGAAGGCCAUAACCCUUUUAAGAGAGACAUGAAUCUGAUAUACACUUUUAACUCUAUUUUCAUGAUAAAAUCUAGUUUCUCUUCCACUUCUACUCUUCCAUGUAAAUGCAAGAUAUACUUUCAUGGAUCUUUUGUUUCUGUGUAUAAAAAAUACACAAACAACAUGUUGUAAUAAAAAUGUUUAUUGGGUUUUAAAAAUACACAGAAACAUGUUAUAAAAAAAAAAAAAACGUUUAUUGGGUUUAUAAAAAAAUGAUUGAUGAAAUGGAUAAGUAAAAUGUAAUCAGUAUUAUUAUGCGUGCAUAUAGUAAGGAAAAGCAAGUAUUACCCUAGUGUUGUGUUCCAGACCAAAAGGAGAAGGAUUUUGAGAGGCCGCACACGAAGAAGGAAGACAAUGAAGGAUUAAGCUUUUUAUAAGAUGAUUAAUUAAUUUGUGUUGAUGUUAGACGCUGGAAGCUGGGUCCGUCUCUCCAUUGUUUGAUGAUCCAAACCUGACACCUGCUGGUGGAACUUGUGAACUGCUGCUAUUGAACUAAAACUUGUUAACUUGUUUGGAAACUUCGAAAAACUUUAUAUAAUAAAACUACAUAUAUAAUAAAGAGUCUCUGCUUGCUAUCAAAAUCUUAGCCACGGAGGGUUCUUUCUACUAGACUGUGAGUAUGAAUUUUGAAUACUUAUUAUCUUUUGUAGAAUUCGACCUACUUUACCUUACCUGAGAGAAUAAAUAAGAUGAGGUAGAAGGUGAAUGAUGUAUAAUUAGGUGAUAGGGUAGAUCUGAUGCCAUAAAACAAUAUUUGACCCAAAUUUGGGUUAAAACAACCCAGCAUUUUUAGACUGAGUGCCCCAUCUUAAGGCCAUUGUACACUUGUUUGUUUAUUUAUUUCGAGCAAUAUAUAAUUACACAUGACAAGGCAAUAAUAAGCAUUUUGGUUAAUCUAUAUACAACCAGGGCAGGAAAAGCCUGAUAUUUAAUUAAUUUCCAUGGUGAUUUGCCCUUAUGUUUGUUUUGACUCGCGCUGUCCCCUAAGAGUGUGCGCAUGCGCAGAUGAGAGAGAGCGCGUCAGACUGAAAGAGCGUAGUUUAAGUCACACGGAGGGAGAAAUAGUCGAUUAAACUAUUAGAGAACAUUUCCAGUUUAAUAUUGACUUGUGAAUCUGUGCUGAUAAGUGAUAACAGUCGUGUGGUAGUGUCGAGUGUAUGGUUGAUUUAGCUGCUUACGAUUGAUAUGAUUGUUCCUGCACGUGAGAGAUCUUCUGUUGGGAAAGGAAAUUCAGAGACGUUGGGGAAGAUUGAGCGUGAGUUAACCUGUAAUAUCUUAUAAAAAGUUGUUGAAAGGUUAAAUAACACUGUUUAUUUCAUAUAUCAAUGGAACAUAUUUAAAUGGAAUACCCGUACGUGAUAUUGCACGUGCACCAGCCACUUCGUGAGCUUUUUCUGUGCUUCAAAGUCUCAAUAAGAAUCAGCUCCUCCCACUAGAAUUUACCAAAAUUGAAGUCCCUCCCACAUCAGUCACAACACCAGCAAAGCUCCGCCCACUGCGAUUCUCCUAUAAAUGCUUGAAUAUUCCCAUCAUCUACAAGUGAAGUUGAGCAAAGACUGAGUUUAUUAAAGAGGACAGUGAGAACAUGAGUGAUCCAGAACCCUGCAGAAUGAAACACACUGAAGAUCCUGAAGAACAAAGAGACCUGAUGGACGAGAACGAGGAGAGUGAAGAACACUUGCGUCGCUCAAAGAAUAAACAGACAAUUUUAAAUAAAAGAAGAGACAAGAAAUCUUUCACCUGCACUCAGUGUGGGAAGAGUCUCACACGCAAAGAACAUCUUGAGCUUCACAUGAGGAUUCACACUGGAGAGAAGCCGUUCUCAUGCGAUCUAUGUGGGAAGAGUUUCACACAAUCAUCAUACCUUAAGAGUCACAUGAGGAUCCACACCGGAGAAAAGCCGUUCACAUGUGAUGAAUGUGGGAAGAGAUUCACAACCAAACAAAAUCUUAAACUUCACAUGAGGACCCACACCGGAGAAAAGCCAUUCACAUGUGAUCAGUGUGAAAAGAGUUUCACAAACAAACAACUUCUUACGCUUCACAUGAGGACCCACACUGGAGAGAAACCGUUCUCAUGUGAUCAGUGUGGGUCGAGCUUCACAAAAAAACAACAUCUUAAUCUUCACAUGAUGAUCCACACUGGAGAAAAGCCAUACGCAUGCGAUCAGUGUGGAAAGAGAUUCCCACAUUCAUCACACCUUAAGAGUCACAUGAUGAUCCACACCGGAGAGAAGCCGUUCUCAUGUGAUCAGUGUGGGUCGAGCUUCACACAAAAACAACAUCUAAAUGUUCACACGAGAAUUCACUCUGGAGAAAGGCCGUACGCAUGUGUUCAGUGUGGAAAGAGUUACAUACAAUCAUCAUACCUUAAGAUUCACAUGAGGACCCACACCGGAGAGAAGCCGUACACAUGUGAUCAGUGCGACAAAACGUUUCUUACUGCAUCACACCUGAAGAAACACCUGAGUGUUCAUACGAAGGAGAAGCCAUAUUCAUGUUCUGUGUGUGGAAAGAGUUUUUCACAGCUGCAAUAUUUAAAACUACAUCAGAAAGUUCACACUGGUGUGAGAGAGUACAUGUGCUUUGAGUGUGAGAAGACUUUUACUACAGGGAGAGAAUUAAAACUGCACCAGAGGAUCCACACUGGAGAAAAACCUUUAAAGUGUUCACACUGUGACAAGAGAUUCAGUCGUUCAGGAACUCUGAAAACACAUGAGAGGAUCCACACUGGAGAAAAACCUUACAAGUGUUCACACUGUGACAAGAGAUUCAGUCAGUUAAUAAAUCUGAAAGCACAUGAGAGGAUCCACAGCGCCGAGAACUCACACACGUGUGAUCAGUGCGGGAUGGGUUUCAAUUCUAAAACUCACCUGAAGCGACACAUGAAGAUCCACACAGUGGAGAAACCACAUCAACACAGUCUGCGAUCACAAACUACCAGAAAGCAUCCGGAAGGAGAGGACAGAGAGAACGACAGUGAUCCAGAACCUGCCGAAUGAAACACACUGAAGAUACUGAAGAACCAAGAGACCUGAUGGAAAUGAACAAGAAAGGAAAAACAGAAGCAUAUAAAUCUGUCUCCAGAAGAGUGACGGGAAAACCAAUGUAAAUCAAGUCUGGGAAGAAGCGGCUCAGGCUUUCGCUCUGAAAUCACAUCUUCUCAUUCUCAAGAAAGAUCAUUUAACUGUGAACUGUGAUAAGGCCAUAACAAGAGAGACAUGAAUCUGAUAUACACUUUUAACUCUAUUUUCAUGAUAAAAUCUAGUUUCUCUUCCACUUCUACUCUUCCAUGUAAAUGCAAGAUAUACUUUCAUGGAUCUUUGAACCUGGACACUUUUCUUCUUUUAAGAUGCUUUGGCUGUAUGGCUUCGGUCUCUUUUACUUUUACUUAAUGUUUGUAUUUACGUAAAGUAAUGCUUGAUUAAACCAUUUACUCAUUUUUCC